UCCCUGCUGAUUCAGUAGCAUUCCUAGCACAGUUUAUUGUAUAAUGGGUAAUACAUGAUUUUAAUAUUACCAGAUGGAAAGAAAACUCAAUCCCAGUCUCAAGAUCAUCAAGAUGAAGAUCCCAGUGCCUCUGGUUCUAUUGAAGUUCAGGAGGAGAGGGUUGAAGACUCCUAUCGGCCCAACGCUGUUGUUGUGGAGAACAUCGCUGAAGACAUGACAAGGGAGCUUCUUGGACUGAUAGUGGACAACAUCACUGGUAUUUCUGAGGAUGACUACAGUAUGGAGCUGAUCUAUGAGUCUUGUGUUGCUGUUGUAACAUUCACUCACCCUGAUGAUGUGAAGAAAUUUCAGACCGAAGCCAAACUCAGCAAAAUGUUUCAGCAGUACAAUCUGACUGCCCGGGACCUGGAAAGAACCUGCUGUUUGAGGAUCGAAGGUCUGCCACUUAAGGCUAAAGAAGAUCUAGUGAGCCUCUACUGUGAGAAAUUUAAAGUUGAAGUACAGAGUGUCGCUAUGAAACCCGAAGAAAAGGCUGCUGUUGUCACAUUCCAAAAGCCAGAAGAUGUUGUGACCAUGUUGAACACACAGCACAAGAUCUUCAAAGUUGAAGUCAGCAUGCAUCCAUACUACAAGUCACUAGGUACAGCGCUGUAUGGUAAAGACAGACCAAGAUGGAAGAUUCCAGACUCUUUCCCUGUAAGCAUCCACCCAGCACUAUAUGAAUUUCUCGUGAAGAAGCAGCUCCGAUCUCACAUCAAUGACCAGAUGCAAGCACACUUCUGCCAGAUGAGCAUGCAGAACACCAACGUUCUGCUCAGCCCACUUCCAGCCCUGCUGAAAAUGAAGGGACUCACAGCCAAACACAUAGACGGUUGGAAGGAGAACACCUUAGACGCUUUCCACCACAUCAUGUCCAAGUACGCAAUACUUGAGAAGGUGAUGAACUCGGAAGUGUGUGGCUCAGUGGCAAAAGAGCUGCGGUUAGUUGUUCAGGACCAUGUUGUCAUGACAAUGGAUUCUGUAAAAGGGCAGUUGACGCUGGCAGGGAUGUCGAGAGACAUAGAAAACCUGAGAGGGAUAGUGGUUGGUAUUAUUCAGAAGGCAACGGAUCAGUUUGAGCGAGAGACUAAAAGUGUUUCAGAGGUAAUGGAUUUGCCUCCUGACAUGUAUAAACUCCUGCAACUUGAUGGCCUGUCACAGUACAUCACAGCCUCCUGUCCCCAGGUAUCCCUCAAUUACAAAUCCAGCAUCAAGAAACUUGUCCUCUCUGGCUUAAGAACUGAAGUUCUGUCCGUUAAAACCUGGGUCCUUGAGAAUAGAUUGCAGAUGACACAGAGGGCAGUGGAGCUUGACCGUCAUAUAGUGGACUUCCUGAGGGCAGUGGACCGCGAGGUGAUCUCUGAUCGUCUCUUCUUCUCCAAAAGAAUCCAUGCCAUUUAUGUGAUCAAGGACGGAGCUGUGGUUUUGACUGCAAGCUCAGAAACAUCCCUGAGUGAGUCUAUGCAGAGGAUAAAAGAGACUCUCGCGUUCAGGGUUCUCACUGUGGAGGAUCAAGAGGUACUCAGAAAGUCAGAAUGGAAGACUCUGAACACUGAACUCCUUAGUGUGUACAACACAUCCAGGGAGAUCAGACUGUUGAUAACUUCAAACAAACCUGACAGUCUUAUCAUUGCUGGCUUUAUUGAGCUCGUCAAGGAAGUCAGCCUGAAUCUCGAAGAGUUCCUGCGUAAUCAUGCAAGAAUUGUGGACACUGUUAAGGUCAAAUGCUGUGCUGCAGCAAGGUUCAUUGAAAAGCAUAAGUCAGACGACUGGAAAAAGUUUGCCAAAGUUGGUGAGGUGGUGGUGAAAUUCCAUCCAAGACGCCCACGAAUCAACCUGUCAGGAGAGCGUAUCUAUGUUAAACCUGCUUUGGAUGCUUUUAAGAGGAUGGUGACCAGCUUGUUUAUAGAUGAACUGAAAGUCUCUAAGCCUGGAGCAAAGAAGUUCUUCCAGGAACAAGGCAGCUUGCUACUAUCAAUGAUGUUAAGGGACCAUCGUUGUGUAGUUCUACUUCAGGAUGAUGAUAUGGUGGAUGAGGCGGAUGAUGAUGAGGCGUACGAAGGAGAAAGACUAAGACAGUCUUCAGGACUAUGGGGUCAAGUCAACACUGUGUCUUUGGGAAAACACUCUGUGCACAUUGGUCACCUGACCCUAGAGGUGUCAACUGGUGACAUCACCAAAGAGACCACUGAUGUCAUUGUCAAUUCCUCCAAUGGCACAUUUUCCCUUAAAUCUGGGGUUUCCAUGGCUAUCCUUGAGGCUGCUGGCUCAGCAGUAGAAUCAGAAUGUUCAGAGAUUGUGAGCUCACCCAAUUUCCAGCCAUGCCAAAUGAUUUGGACUUCUUCGGGCAGACUUCCAUCUCUCGGCACAGGCCAAGGUGGAGUCAGUGCAUCUGCAGUGGCUGAUGCAAUGAUUGAAGCCAUUGUGAGCUUUGUCAAGAAGGCCAAGAGUCAUAAUAUACAAUUUGUGAAGAUCCUCAUCUUCCAAACCAACAUGGUUUCAGUGUUCCAUCAGAGCUUGCUUACACGACAGGCCAAAGGAACAGAAGACGACAAGGGUAUUUUGGACAAAAUGAAGGGUAAGAAAGCCAACAACACAGAAAACAAAGAACAGCUGAAAUGGUGUGCAUUUUGA